AAUAAAAAGAAAACAACGAAACGAUUAGACCAGAGCACAUCAGUGAUAUCACUCACCCUUACCCUCACCUUCGCCUCUCUCUCUCUCUCCCCGCCUCCCUCACCUGGCCUUUCCGCCGCCGCCGCCACCACUUCCUACCCUAGCCACCGCCGUGCCCGCACCUCCUCUCCCCUUAUUCUCGACUCUCCCUCACCCUUGCCACUCUGCCGCCAGCCACCACUGCCGCCGCCCUAUUCCUCUUCCCCUUUCCUCCUCUCAUGUCCACCUCCGUCACUAGUCUCCUCCACCGCCAAUUUUCUAGUACCUCCUGUACCCUUUGUAAUUUUUAUUUUGUAUUUUUUGUUUUUGGGUUUUCAGUUCAAUAUACAGAGUGUGGGUUUUAUGAUUGGAGGGAACCCUUUAGUCGACAGAAAGGAUGGCUAUUGUGGGCAGGGAUUGGCUUUCUUGGUACUGUAACAGCCUUAACAGGAGCUUCUAUGUCCUUUCUCAGUGGUGGGAGCCUACAAACUGAUGUUCUAGGUCGCUUGCUUCCACUAGUUGGAUUUCAAGUAUCAGCACUGCUUACUUGGUGGGCAUCACUAGUGUCUUUGCUCCACUUCUUGAGGAGACCUUGUUUCGAGGGUUUUUAAUGGUGUCCCUAACUAAGUGGUAAAAUUCCUUCCUUUUAUUUUUGAUUUUUCCCCCUACAUCUAAAUAUUAAGUUUUCAUUCUAAUGUUGCAGAAAAACUUAGUGUUUGAAAGCUUACGGUUAAUUUAUGCCUAGCACUAUUGAUAAUUUCUUUGCACAAGAAUCACACAUGAUAUUUAGUAACAAACUCUCAGGUAAAAUAAUUUAGAAUUUUUUCAUGCAUUCUAAUGUCAAUAAUUU